AUGGAGGACAAUCCCGAACUCGCAGCGCAGCUGGCACAAUUGGAUCAUGAGCUGGAGGAUGGGGACAUCACCAAGAAAGGAUGGGAAAAGAGACGUACCCUCAUUCUGUCACAAUACCUGACACUGGCUCAACUGGGAAGCGCGGGCAUCGAGGCGGAUCAAAGCAACCUGUACUCGAGUGGAGCGAGCAUCGGACACGGACGGGGCGCGAGCUACGGCAGUAUCCCAGCAGGACCUUUCACUCAGGACUAUACCUCGUACGGUGGUGACGAUGGGUAUCACACCCAGUACAACGGCGAUGGGCCGGCGCGACCGGUGACGCCAGGCUAUGAUGCGACAGGCGGGCCUCCUAGUCAGGUGCAGCGAUUCCAAGAGCAGCAAUUGGGCAUGAGACCUGCGCCGCACCAGCAUGUGAAGCAACGGCAGCCUUCGCUUGGUAUACAACCGCCUAGCGCGCAGGGAAGUCGGCCAGGCAGUGGAGGAAGCCGAUACAGCUCCAAUAAUGGCACCAUGGUGGGACCGGACUACGCUUUCAAUCCAGGCGGCACGGUGCCGGGGCAGGGCUGGGGUACGUCCAGUGAAGCUGGCAGUCGAAUGAGCACGAYGUUGGAUUCGCAGCAGGGCUACUUUUCGGAUUUUGCUGGCCAGCAGCUUGAAGAUCAACGACCACGCGAGAGCUACGGUGGCCCGCAACGUUACAGCAUGGGAGAGGCUUUCUCGCCCACCGCCAUGGCACCUCCGCCACUCAUGCGAGACGAUCUUCCAUCUGCACAUGUGCACCAAUUACCACUCGAACCGCGCGACGUUCCGUUCGCAGUCUAUGAUCCCCACAAUAACAACAUCCCAAUGUCCAAAUUCGACAAUCUCGGUGCCAUCUUACGCCACCGAGGCAAGAUGCAGGCGCGGCAACCGGCCUACUGGGUACUGGAUCCCAAGGGCAAGGAAACGGCAUCUAUAACAUGGGACAAGCUCGCCUCUCGAGCCGAAAAGGUUGCGCAGGUCAUUCGCGACAAGUCAAAUCUUUAUCGUGGCGAUCGUGUUGCUCUCGUUUACCGCGAUACGGAGGUAAUUGAGUUUGCAAUAGCCCUGUUGGGMUGUUUCAUUGCGGGAGUAGUUGCAGUCCCAAUCAACGAUGUCAACGACUACCAAAAACUGUCGUUGCUUCUGACCACGACCCAAGCCCAUCUCGCACUGACUACGGAUAACAACUUGAAAGCCUUCUCGCGAGACAUAUCCACCCAGCGGCUGAAAUGGCCAACCGGCGUCGAGUGGUGGAAGACGAAUGAGUUUGGUUCUUACCAUCCAAAGAAGAAGGAUGGUGAUGCGCCUCUACAGGUCCCAGACCUGGCGUAUAUUGAGUUUUCGCGUGCACCAACGGGAGACUUGCGAGGUGUAGUGCUAUCACACAGGACAAUCAUGCACCAAAUGGCUUGCUUGUCUGCAAUGGUGUCCACAAUCCCAGCCACGGAGAACGUUGACACAUUCUCGUCCAGUCUUCGCACGGCCGAUGGUGCGUAUGUCGUCCCUCGAUCUGGCCGUCACGAGACCAUUAUCUCUUACCUAGACCCACGCGAGAGCUGUGGUUUGAUUCUCGGCGUGCUUCUGGGAGUCUAUGGUGGACACACUACCUUGUGGUUUGAGAGCAAGACUGUAGACACUCCCGGAAUGUAUGCGCAUUUGAUCUCCAAAUAUCGGGCUACGAUCAUGGUUGCCGACUAUCCGGGAUUGAAGAGAGCCGCAUACAACUAUCAGCAAGAUCCUAUGGCGACAAGGAAUUUCAAGAAAAACAUGGAGCCGAACUUUUCCUCCGUCAAGAUUUGUCUGAUAGACUCGUUGACCGUAGACGCCGAGUUCCAUGAUAUCCUGGCGGAUCGAUGGUUGAAACCGAUGCGGAACACACGCGCGAGGGAACUUGUGGCUCCGAUGCUUGCACUGCCCGAACACGGAGGGAUGAUAAUUUCCGUUCGAGACUGGCUAGGUGGUGAGGAGCGCAUGGGCUGCCCUCUUACACUACAGGAGGACAACGAAGACAACAGCGACAGUGAUGUUCCAGGCAGCCCGGCCACUGCCAAUGCAUACACCAGUCUACUUGAUGGGAGCAACAGCGGCAAGAAAAAAAUGCAAAAGAGAAGCAGGACUGAGCUCAGCGAGGUCUUGCUUGACAAGGAGAGUCUCAAGACCAAUGAGGUGGUAAUCAUCGCGAUGGGAGAAGAGGCCCACAAACGGCUUAAUGAGCCAGGCACAGUACGAGCGGGCGCUUUUGGAUAUCCUAUCCCGGAUGCAACUCUCGCUCUUGUUGAUCCCGAGACCAACCUGCUUUGCGCCCCUCUGACUGUGGGAGAGAUUUGGGUAGACUCGCCAUCGCUUUCGGGCGGAUUUUGGGCUCUACCUAAGCACACUGAGACGAUAUUCCACGCCAGACCAUACCGCUUCGUGGAGGGUAGCCCGACCCCGGUACUCGUCGAACCAGAAUUUCUUCGGACCGGAUUGCUUGGAUGCAUCAUCGAAGGCAAGAUAUUUGUCCUGGGACUAUAUGAGGAUAGAAUACGGCAGCGUGUUGAAUGGGUAGAGCAUGGAUCAUACGAGGUCGAGCAUCGGUACUUUUUUGUGCAGCAUCUGGUUGCCAGCAUUAUGAAGACGGUUCCGAAGAUAUACGAUUGCUCGGCGUUCGAUGCGCACGUCAACGGGGAGUACCUGCCAAUCAUCCUGAUCGAGACACAAGCCGCGAGCACAGCACCCACUACAACAGGUGGCCCACCCCGGCAGCUGGAUAUACCGUUCUUGGACUCUCUCAGCGAGAGAGUCAUGGAAGUGCUCUACCAAGAGCAUCAUCUCCGUGUGUAUUGCGUGAUGAUGACAGCCCCCAACACCUUACCACGCAUCAUAAAGAAUGGACGGAGAGACAUUGGUAACAUGCUCUGUCGGAAGGAGUUUGACAAUGGCAACCUGCCCUGUGUGCAUGUCAAGUUUGGCGUCGAGCGCGCUGUGCAGAAUUUGCCCCUAGGCGACGACCCCGCAGGCGGGAUCUGGUCACCAAUGGCUAGCCAGGCCAGGCAAGACAUGCUGGCAAUGCACUCGGACAAGCAAUACUCUGGCGUCGAUCACAGAGAAGUGGUGAUUGAUGAUCGGACGAGUACUCCGCUGAAUCAGUUCAGCAACAUUCACGAUUUGAUGCAGUGGCGCGUCACUCGGCAAGCUGAGGAGCUAUCGUACUGCACAGUCGAUGGAAGGGGUCGAGAAGGCAAAGGCGUGAAUUGGAAAAAAUUCGAUCAAAAGGUUGCGGGCGUUGCCAUGUACCUGAAGAAUAAAGUCAGGAUCCAGCCUGGUGACCACCUCCUUUUGAUGUACACGCAUUCGGAAGAUUUCGUCUUUGCUGUACAUGCGGCCAUGUGCUUGGGUGCAGUGGCUGUACCAAUGGCACCAAUUGACUCGAACAGGCUGAAUGAAGAUGCUCCCGCACUCCUUCACAUGAUUGCCGACUUCCGAAUCAAGGCCAUCUGCGUCAAUGCUGAUGUAGAUGCACUUCUCAAGCAAAAGACUGUAGCUCAGCAUUUGAAGCAAUCGGCUCUCAUUUUGAAAGUCAGCCUGCCGCCGACUUACAACACUUCAAAGCCUCCCAAGCAGUCACACGGUUGCCGAGAUCUAGGGUUGACUAUUCGGCCUGCAUGGAUUGCGCCUGGGUAUCCUGUCGUGAUUUGGACUUACUGGACUCCAGACCAGCGCCGCAUUGCGGUUCAACUCGGACACAAUACUAUCAUGGCUUUAUGCAAGGUUCAAAAGGAGACUUGCCAGAUGACAUCGACGCGACCGGUUCUGGGAUGUGUGAGGAGUACAAUAGGCUUGGGCUUCCUGCAUACAUGUAUGAUGGGCACAUUUUUGGCCACUCCCACAUAUCUGGUCUCGCCGGUGGACUUUGCGAGCAACCCGAACAUCUUGUUUCAGACGCUCGCACGCUACAAGAUCAAGGAUACCUACGCGACGAGUCAAAUGCUGGAUCACGCAAUGGCCCACUCGGCCGGCAAGGGGCUCCAUCUCCAGGAAUUGAAGAAUCUCAUGAUUGCUACAGAGCAACGGCCUAAACCCGAUGUCUAUGCCCGCGUUCGGUUGGCAUUCGCUCAGUCCGCCCUGGAUCGGACCGCUAUCAACACCAUCUACAGUCACGUUCUCAAUCCCAUGGUGGCCAGCCGAAGCUACAUGUGCAUCGAGCCGAUAGAGAUCUAUCUCGAUACCACAGCAUUGCGGCGAGGUCUCAUCGUGCCCGUCGAUCCAGAUCAAGAGCCGUUCGCACUUCUCGUACAAGACUCGGGUAUGGUCCCUGUAAGCACGCAAAUCAGCAUCGUCAACCCUGAAACCAACCGACUGUGCCUUGUUGGAGAAUACGGAGAGAUCUGGGUGCAGUCGGAAGCGAACGCGUAUUCCUUCUACGGUACCAAAGAUGCAUUUGAUGUCGAACGAUUUAAUGGUCGGACUGUUGACGGUGACCCUGGCGUACGGUAUGUUCGGACAGGCGAUCUGGGUUUCUUACAUUCUGUCAGCAGGCCUAUCGGUCCUGGCGGCAACAUGGUUGAGAUGCAGGUCUUGUUUGUACUGGGAAGCAUUGGUGAGACGUUCGAAGUCAAUGGACUGCAACACUUUCCAAUGGACGUCGAGGCGAGCGUCGAAAAGUGCCACCGAGCGCUCGUCCGAAGCGGAUGCGCCAUCUUCCAGGCAGGCUCUCUUCUCGUCCUCAUCGCCGAAGUCAAGACUCGCGCCUUCCUUGCCUCGCUUGUGCCGAUUAUUGUAAAUACCGUGCUCAACGAGCAUCAACUUGUGUUGGACAUUGUCGCUUUUGUUGCGUUGGGUGACUUCCCAAGGUCAAGGUUGGGCGAAAAGCAAAGGGGCAAGAUUCUCUCGAGCUGGGUCAGUCGUAAGAUGAGAACCAUUGCCCAAUUCAGCAUCCGUGACCCCGACGCCGAAGGUUCAGUCGGCACUGCGGUGCCGAAUGAGGGUCUCAUACGCAGAGCAAGCGAACAAAGCGGCAUGGCCAGCAGCCAGCGAGUCGGUCUCCGCCAGGUGGAAAGCUUGUCACACCUACCGGUUCCCGAAGAGGUUCCCCCAAUGUCUCAGAACGACCACCUUACAGUACAGACGCAGGCACGUUUGCCUACCAUGAACAGAAACGAUGAUACCCCGACGAAUGACAAACCGGCACCGCUGGCACUAAACACCACUCUCGAUUAUUCACCCAUAGAUCAGCCUUUCACCGCGAUCCAUGCGCAGCCACCACAAUACGAUCAACCAGACUGGGAUGAUGACUAUCAGGAAUAUCAAAAGCAACCAGACCACGGCUAUCCCGACUAUCCAUCACAUGCUGAUUAUGGGCCGGAUUCCCCAGAGUCUCCCGUGGAGAUGCCUCGACCACUUGGUGGACUCCGAGUUGCCAAUCGAUCUAGCACUGCGAGCUCCGAUUGGGGCAGCUCGGCUCUGAAAGAUUUAAACAUUUGA